AUGCGUCAAUCGAUUCUUACAUUUCUUGGGACUUUAGUCACUACGGUAACUGCCGUCCAUCAUGCAAAGUCUCGCCGAAAUGGAGACCAUCAGAAUGUGGUCUACUGGGGCCAGAAUGGCGGCAAUGUUUUUGAGAAUAAUGAUCUCGCUUCUUACUGCAACUCCGAUUCUGGUGUCGACAUUAUCGUUCUAGCCUUCCUUUACGUCUUCGGAAAUGGCCAAACCAUUCCAUAUGGAACUAUAGGCCAAUCAUGUUCAAUUACCAGCUUCGGUGAGGGCCAAAACUGCGAGGCGUUGAGCCAAGCCAUUUCGCUCUGUCAAAGUAGAGGGAAGAAGGGCAUACUCUCACUUGGCGGCGCCAUUGGCGCUUACGGGCUUUCAUCUCAAUGGGAAGCAGAAACCAUUGGCUCAAACCUUUGGGCUGCAUAUGGUAACUCAGGGUAUAGCGGUGUGCCACCACCCUUUGGUUAUGCCUAUGUCAACGGUUGGGAUUUCGACCUAGAAGCCUGGAGUGGUAAUCAAUACUACCAGUAUAUGAUUUCUACUCUUCGUUCAAAGUUCUCACAGGAUAGUGGUCAUCAAUACUAUAUCACUGGUGCACCCCAAUGUCCAAUUCCGGAGCCCUAUAUGCAGCCCCUCAUCACUAGUUCGCAUUUUGAUUAUCUUUGGAUUCAGUUCUACAAUAAUCCAUACUGCUCUAUCCCCAAUCCGAACUUUAAUGAUUGA